CUUUUCAACUCUGCUGACUCUCUUACCCUCAGCUGUAGCCCUAGUUUUCAACUGCCCUAAUUUUCUCUCUCUCUUCUCUCUCUCUAUUUGUAGUUCAUUUCCCUCUCAAAACCCACACUCCCAUUUUUUCACCUUCUCAAAUCUGAUCACUUUUUUGUGUUGUUCUUUGAUCGGAUCGGAAAAAGGGGUCGGCGACCGGAAGAUAUGGAGUGGGCCACCGGAAGUUUCAGACCGUUUGUUUCUCGAGCACCGGAAUCUUCCUUUGGCUUCCUCUACAACUAUAACUUGGAACAGUAUCAGGGAAUAGAUGUGAAGAAUUCGGGGAUGGCGGGGGCCUCGGAGACGGUGCUGCAAGGGCUGGUCCCAGGGAUGGACGUGAAUGGCUAUGGCAAUAUGGAGAAGAAGAAGCGGCUGAGCAGCGAGCAGCUUGAGUCGCUCGAGAGGAGCUUCCAGGAGGAGAUCAAGCUCGAUCCCGACCGGAAGCAGAAGCUGUCGAAGGAGCUCGGUCUGCAGCCACGCCAGAUCGCCGUUUGGUUUCAGAACCGCCGCGCACGGUGGAAGGCGAAGCAGCUCGAGCAUCUCUACGACACUCUCAAACAGGAGUUUGAUGCCAUUGCUAGAGAGAAACACAAGCUUCAAGAGGAGGUAAUGAAGCUGAAGAGCAUGCUGAGAGAGCUUCAAACUGCAAGGAACCAAGUGUCGACCGUGUACACCGACUUAUCGGGCGAAGAGACGGUGGAAAGCACCUCGGUCGGAGCUGGCUGCUCGAGCAAGCCAAGAGCGGUGGCAACAGUGGCAGCAGCGGCCGCGACCACAACCAAUCACUACCAAGCGCCACCGGAUCAGCAGUGCAACUAUGUGUUCAACACUGAGGAUUACAACCCCAUGUCCCCAACUUUCUGGGGCACUCUCCCUUCUUCUUAUCAUCCUCAGUAGAUUUGGUUGCUUUUACCACUUUGCCCUUCUCUUUCAAAUCCAACUCUAGGGUUUUCUUUUUUUUUUUCCUUCAAGAAAAAAGGUAAGGUUGUGAAGUGAGAUCAUGAGGUUAAAUUAGGGUUUAGAUACUAUUUGAGGUUUGACAGUUUCUAAUAUCAUCAGUCUUAAUUCUGGGUGUCUUGGGAUCUGUUUGGACAGUUCAGAUCAUACCACCUCAAAUCUGUGGUUUUUUUAGAUAUAAGGGGGAAAAAAGGAAGAAUUUUAUGAGAAUUUUAUUGAGGAAAAAGAGUUGAGGUUAUAUGAUCUGAACUUUCUGAGCUGAUCUAAGAAGAUCCCAGUUUAAUAAAAUUGAA